AUGAAAACCUUGGUCAUUCUAGAAGGCGAUAAUUUCACGUCCUCAAACGAGCACAAGGUGUACAACGGUACUGUCAAGCAUGCUCACGAUUAUUUGAUGUAUCAUCCAAUAGCCCUUCGUCAUAAAGGGUAUCUGUCUUGUGUAAAAUGUUAUUUGUACAGGAUGUCACUUUGUGUGGGAGAGGCUAAAAGUCAGAGAUUACUAGGUAGCUGGGGGGAGUGGUCAUCAUGGUCAAAAUGUUCGGUCACCUGCGGUUAUGGGACGUCCAGUCGACACAAGGAAUGGCGAGAGCCGGACCGGAAGGACAAAUUUCCCUUCUAUGACAUCAUAGAAUGUUGGUCAGCUGUCGAGUGUCCGGUACACGGUCGUUGGAGCAUAUGGCAGGAGUGGACGCCGUGCCCAGUCAUGUGUAAUGGUGGGGUACAAAGGCGGGAACGACAGUGCAAUGAACCAGAACCAAAACACGGCGGAAACAUGUGUUACGGUGCCAAGUGGGAAGGAAAAGAGUGUGGAAUGCAAACAUGUCCAGUUAUUCCCGCCAAUUUUACCAUGGCAUCCUGUAACCACACGUCAUUUAUCUGCGACAGUCGCCAUCACUGUGUGCCUGGAGACCAGCGUUGUGAUGGUGUCCUGCAGUGUCAUGACGGAUCAGACGAACGGAAGUGUUUCAGCUACGUCUAUAGAUGGAAUGGGGUUCGAUCAUCGGGCGAAGUGCUGAUUGGAAAUAUCCAGCAUCUCCUAUUUGCACUUGUUUUGAUCUUUCUUGUUACUUCUAAUACCAUAUGA